AUGUUCCCCUUUGAUGACGAUGUCGUGCAGUUCAUUGUGUUGCUCACACAGCAUGGCACCGUAGAGAGGGUCCGCGCAGCCAUUGCGCAAAGUGCCGAUGCCAUGAGCUUUGCCUCGCCUCCUGUGUCGCCGGAGGGUGUGAUUCACCCGGCCGCCGUGCAGCGACGGAGCAUCGGAGCGGACGACCGCGGUGACGAUGGCGAAACGGGCGUCGUUUCGAAAAGGGCUCUCCUCGGUGUGCACGUUCCGCUCAUCGCGGUCUGCGAGAUCGCAGACAACCGUGCGGCCGCUGACGGGUCGCAGAUCAUCGCAACAGCGGACCCGACGACCUUCUUCCGAAGUGUCUCCUGCAUGGAGGACGCCACGACGGAGGAAGCGGUGAGCCUCGGUGCGACUGCGCGCGAUGGCACCGGUGCCCGCCGCAGCACAGGAAGUGGUGCGGGUGACGACAGCGUCCCGGGCGCACGACAUAAAGCGAAGGCCCUGAGUUGCAUCCUUCUCGAGCGACGCGACCUUUACGGCGCCGGAGGCGCCACAGCUGGCGGUGGUGGUGCUCGCACGCUCUCUGUGCGGGACCUAUACAUCCAGUCCGUGGACCUCCAGCGCCCCCUUGAUGCCCUGCAGUCCAUCUUGCGCAAUAUCUACGACCCCAUGCUACGCUCUCACAAGACUCAGUCCGCGUUGCGCACGCACGUGCAGGAUCUGCUCUCCAGCAUCCGGUCGAUGCACAACGUGCUGCCGGAAAUCGACGUCACCCGCUACGUGCACGAGGACCUCCUGCAGUUGUGCGACGCGAACCCUCUGCUUGAUGUGCCGCAGCUUAUCGACCGGCUUGGCGAGGUGGCCACGGACCCCAGCUUCAUCCGCCGUGUGCUGCAGGUGCGCAACCGGUGCAAAGAGGCCCUCUCGAUGGAGCCGCUUCUGUCCGGGAAGCUGGAAGAGGAGGAGCUGGCGAAGGAACUGCAGAGCACCAACAGCAAAGCCAUUGGUGCCCCAGCGGUGGGCUCGACGGGCCUGCCAAGUGGUUUGUCGAGUGUUCAGCCGCAACCCAACGUCUCCGCGACGCCUUUGCCAGGCGCAGCUGCCGGCAUCGGGUAUGACGGCGACGACGGCGACGACAGCGUGCGGGUUGUGCAGGAGCGCAUCCUGUACUGGCGAUGCGUGCACGCGUGGAUGGAGGACGUCCUGAAGCAACUGCGUGGGCGUGAGUGGCGGCUUGUGCACCGACUCCUUGCCCAGCGGGUAGAAACGGACUACGUCGGCGAGUACGUUGGCUACUUGAAGCUGGCGCAGGAGUACAUCGCCUUCCUCAGCACGAUCCCGGAGAAGCGGCUUGCCAAUGUGCAGGACAUGAAAGAGCUUAACGACGUGGCGGACGAGAUCAUCGUAGCGGCGACGCAGCCGACACGAUUUGCGGCGCGACUGCAGCUGAGCCUACUCACGUCGCUCGUGUGGCAGAUCUCGUCGCGAUGGGUCAGCGUGAUGGAGACGCAGCAGGUGCUUCGCCUCGACGAAGACCCCGACGCCGCCACAGUCGCAGCGGCCGGUGACGCGAAUGGGACUCAGCACAGCGCAGACGUAGCUGCAGCAGUCCAUGCUGACCCGUUCGUGCCCCUCCAGACACUGCGCAUCGCCAUACACUCGCUGCGCACGCUGCAGUCCCGCUAUGUGGAGCACAGCACUCAGCUACGGCACCAGAUCCGCGCGGUGCGCAACCCUCGCGAGCACGUAGAGCACCCGCGUGUGGAAGCGCUGCUCGCGCGCUGCGUCGCCGUACGGGACCUGAUCGAAGAGCACCUCCUCCUCAUGCGGCAGCUCGGCGUCGUCUUCUCUACCAAGAUGCGCCUGCAGUUUGCCAAGGCCAAGCGUGACACAAUGACGCCAAUGGGAGCGGCAGCUGCGCAGCAGCAGCAGCCAGGUGAGGAGUACGCGCUGGUGAUGCAGGACGCCUUCAACGAGUGUGUGAGUGCCGUGUGCGGGUGGGCUGACGAUGCAGAAGACCUGCAGCGGUCAAGCAAGGGCAGCGCCGGCGAAUCCGCGGCGUCCUCGGGCAGCCCACAUCGCGGGUACAAGCGCUGGAACAAUUACCUGUGGCGAACCAGCCCCGCAGCCGUCCAGCGCUUCAGUGCAGCCGUGCAAGAGUACCAACACAAGCGCAGCCAGUGCGAUGAGCAGAUCGCCCUGGUGGUGAGCCAGCUGCUGAGUAACCAGCAACACGCACAUAACGACGGUCGCAGCGGCAUGGGUGGCGCGGGGGCGGGGGGGAUGGCCUGUGCAGGCGCGGCUAUGAGGGGGCCGCAGGCGAGCGCAAACCACGCUGACAAUCACGGUCUGCGCCUCUUCCGCACCUUUCAAAGCUUUAAGAUGCUGCCUCUCGAGCGGGUGCAGCGGGUCGUGCACAGCUACCAGGACGCCGUUGCGGAAAAGCUCAGCGCCUAUGUGAGCUACAUCCAAGACUGCUACGUCAACGUACCCCUGACGAAGCAAGAGGUCAGCUACAACAUGGCGCGCUUCUCGGUGUCGGCGUUGGUGGCGCAGAUCAUGUGGGAGCAGCGACUGGCGGAGGCGCUCACGAAGUCUAUGAUGCGCUUUGACUACGUUAGCGAACAUGGAUGGCAUCAGCUCUUGCACCUACGGAACGUCGAGCACUACUGGCGCCUGAACGCCAGCCUUGCCGAGUUCAUCGGCGUCCCACUCAACCUGCUUGCUUGUGAUGAGCUGCAGCUUGACUCCGAGGUGCACGGCUGCGCAGUGGCGCUGGCGUGCUUGAGUCUGCACUACACGGAGGAAGCAGGUGAGUGGGAGCAGGAUGAACACCUCCGUGUCGCGCAGGACCUCGUGGCCACCCGAGAUCCAGGCGCCCUUGCCGUUGCGCGGGAUCGCAUGCUGAUCGGUGGUGCGCCGCGACUGUAUAAGGCCACCGCACGCGUCCGUGACAUCCGCAGCUCGCGGGAUAUUAUCCAGCAGCGGAUCGAGAGCCACAUGGCGAGCUGGUUCGAGGAGGUUGAUCGACUGAUCGGCGGCAGCGGCCUAGAUCAGCAGACACUGCUGCUGUCGGGUCCAGUGCUUUGGGCCGUCAACUGCGGGCCCUUCAGCGCGCCGCACAACACAACAGGCGGCGCAGUCACCAAUGAAGCAGACUCCGCCGUGAUGCGUCUGCAGCCCUCUGGUGGGGCCGGCACGAUGACGGGCGGCUUCACGGCCAACACAAACUACUUCAACACCGGUGGCGCCGGAAGCAUGCCGCGUGCCAGCAGCUUCAGUCCGUCCUCGUUAGCGCUGCAGCGCGCGCAAGGCCGCAGCGCGUCGCCGUCGGUGCGUCGGAACUCGUUCUUGGUGCCUGUCGGCAACGGUGACAACGAGUCCUUGGCACCGGCGGCGGCGGCGACGUCGGCGGCGAACUGGAUGAUGGAGGUUGCCUUCCCGUGGAGCUUUCCAACCAUCGCUGAGGAUCUGCGUUAUCUGGAGUCUGCACACCUCACCUCCACCCUGCUCAGUGCCGGCUCUGGAGAUCCGGCAGCGACGAACCGGAGCAGUAACAGUGCCGCGGGCACUACGCUAUCGCCGUGUGGACGGUGCGCCGCCGUCGCCUCUGGUCUCGCCUUCCUGCGGGACGCUCUGCGUGGGAACGAGUUGCGAUCACGCCUGGCGCACACGCUAGUGGAGCUCAUUCACGUCUACUACGUCACCGUCAAGGGCGAGGACACUAAUCUGGUUCUGCUGGCGACCGAUGAGUACCAGGAGGUAAAUCGGCUUUUCCAGAAGGGUAUCGCGCUGCGCUGGAGCGACGAGGGGCUGCUGAGCUACGUGCAGCAGCUGUCCGACACGAUGCAGGCCUUUACGACGACGGUGCAGCAGCUGCGAUGCAAGACGGAGCUGGUGUACCGCAAGAUUCGCGCCUUCCUCGUACGCGCCUUUCACCCAGAGGCGAUCCUGCAGCGAGUCAAGGCACUUCGCCGCAUCGUCGACACCCUCGCCCUGCGCUGUGUGCACACGCAUCUGUGGACACGGCAAAUCCAGCCACUGCUGGAGCAGGCGCUGCUUACGCAGAUGAAGUAUCUGAUGCAUUCGUGGACCGAAGACUUCCUGUCCAUGCGCGGCGACGUGCGCUUUCUCGAGAAGGGUGCGGAGACGGACGUGUUUCGGCUGACGCCGUUGCGGGUUCGCAUGCGGGUGGUGUACAAGGAGGUCCGCCUCGAGUCCUGCUACGGCGCGUGGCGUCAGCACUGGAUCGGCGAGCUUAACCGCUUCUUCAGCUGGAUCGACGUACUGCCGCGGCUGUACAAGGAGGAGGAGACGCAGGCGGACGUCGUCGGUGUCUCGGCCGCACUCGGCUCUGACAUGACGAACACGGCGGGCUGCAUCAGUCUGGCGCCUAGUCAUCGUGGAAACUCUGUGCCUCCGGCAGCGGCGGGGACGCAUGGCAACAGCGGCGCUAACGGCGCUGGCGUCAAUGCAGGCAUCGGUGGAGCCGGCAACAACGCCCACAACGUCGCCGGUGGCCGCACACCGGACGAUGGCUAUCAAUACCUGCUUCUCCGACUGCCGUCAUCUGCGCUGGCAGAGCCGCUGCACGCGAUUGAACAGUGUGUGCAGGACGCCAUCGACACAGAGAACGAGUGGCGUUAUGGGCAGCAGUUUCUGAGCAUGGAUGUGGCGCUCAUGCAGCAGCGCUUUGGGCGCGACCUGCGCCGCUGGAGCCACGCCCUACGCCUCAUGCACACAGUGACGUCACGCAUCAUGGACUACACGCAGCCGAACAAGCUUCUCGGCGGUAUUGUGAUCCUCGCGCAGGAGGCACAGAUUGAACUGGGCCGAAAGCUGGACCAGGUCCGCCAGUACGCCCAUGCGAAGUUUAAAGACCUGCUGCAGGGGGAGCAGGAGCGGGCCUUCAGCGUCAUCACUCAGGAGCGGACGAAGAUUGACGCGCUCGACGUGAUCAGCAACGCGAAGGACGCAGCCGCCUUUCUAUCGGAGGCACCGCGACUCAAGAGCGAGCUGCAGAAGCUGGACGGCGACAUCACGCUCAUGGACAACGGCGAGGUGAGUCUGCAGAAGCUCGGCCACGUGUUCCCGGAAAACUGGAUGUACGCCACGGCGCUGCGCGAGGAGUACACGUCACUGGCGGAGCUUGUCGACCGCAAGCUGAAGGCGGUCCAGGUGCGCCGGCCCUUCCUGAUCGAGGAGGCGAAAUCGGCAGCCAACGCCCUCGAGGUCAAGGUUGCGGAGGUGGAUGGGCGCUUCCACAACGUGGACACCAUUGCCGUCUCCAAGGAGGCCCCUGUGUUGGCGAGGCAGAUGGUUUCCGAUAUCUACGACGAGGCCGUUGCCUUCAGUGCGGAGGCGAAGCAGGUGGCGGCGAUCCAGGAGGCGCUCGGGGAGUCGCCGCAUGUCUUUGCCUCCUUGCAGAAGCUGCUGGCUGACGUGGCGCGUGUGAAGGAUGUGUGGGGCCACGUCGCCUCCGCCUACGUGGAGCUCAACGAGCUCGGCGCGACGCCGUUCUUCGAGAUGGUGCCGCGCCGCCUACAUGAGCGCCUGCAGCAAAUGGAUGAGGUAACAGAUGCGUACCAGGAGACGAUGCAAGGCUACCAGCUUUACCAAAACCUCAAGCAGAAGCUGCGUCGCGUGCUGAGCUACAACCGCCUCAUGCAGGAUCUCCGCUCCGACGCUAUGUCGCCGCUAGAGCGCUCUAUGCGGCACUGGACGGCGCUCCAGCACAAGCUGCGCGCGCCGUGGGUGCUCACGAGCCUCACAGUGGCGAACAUCUGGGAAAGUGACCCGGGCGCCAACGCAGCCGCUUACAGCGAAGUGAUUGAGAUGGCUCAAGGCGAGCGUCGCAUCGAGGUGCAGCUGCACAACAUCAGCAACUACUGGAGCAUGUUCGAGUUCAGCGUGGUGGUCUACAAGAAGCAAGUCGCGCUAAUACGCGGCUGGGACGAGGUGUUCGAGCGGCUUACCGAGGACCUGAGCACCUUCGGCGGCAUGCGCGCGAGCCCGUACUUUGUCUUCCCACAGCUAGUCUCCAUGACCAACGACGCAGAGGCAAGACUGGAUCGGCUGCGGCAGGUGCUGGAGGUCCUCCUCGAGGUGCAGAAGCGCUGGGUCUACCUUGACGGCAUCCUGUCUGAAAACGCGGAGGUCCGCGUGCAGCUGCCGCAUGACACCGUCAAGUUCGACCGUACCAGUCGCGAACUGCUGCACAUCCUUCCCCGCCCCCGGUCCUCCGGCAACCUGCCAGAGCUACAUGUGUCCUUCUUCCUCGAAGAUGAGAAGCUGAAGGCGACGCUGGAGCGACUCCUCUCACAGCUGGCGGCCGUGCAGCGAGCGCUGACGAGCUACCUCGACACACAGCGCAGCCGCUUCCCUCGCUUCUUCUUCGCCGGCGACGACGACCUGCUCGAAAUCAUGGGCAACAGCAAGAACCCACUCUUCCUCAACAAGCACCUGAAGAAGAUGUUCACCGCCUUGGCAUCGCUGCAGCUGGACGGAAACGUAAAAGAUGCCACGACGCGGCUGCGCGGCUUCUCAAGUGCCGAGGGCGAGGAGGUGUCUUUCCAGCCGGGUCCCAUCUCGUACGGGCAGCGGCCGAUCCACGAGUGGCUCGGUGAGGCGGAGCAGGGCAUGGUCUACACCCUCCGUGAAGCCACGCUGCGCGCGUACAACGAGCUUGUCAGCACGAAAGAUGCGUCGCCGUACGCCUUGCUGUGGUCGAUGGAUUGGAUGCGGCAGAAGCCAACGCAGGUGGUGUGUCUGGCGCUACAGCUCUUGUGGACGCGGGAGCAGGAGAGUCUCUUGACUGGUGCGCACGGCGGCGGUCCUGGUGCCGGUGCCGCGGAUGCCCGGCGCACGUCUCGGGCCCCGUCGUCAAACCUGUCGGUGGUGACAACUAGCAUGGACGACCUGCUGGCUCGCUUGGCUGGCAACGUGCUGAGGAACGCCGUUGCUCCGAGCUCGCGCCGCCAGUGCGAGCAGCUGAUCACUAUAGCCGUGUACCAGCGCGACGUCUCUCGCACCCUAGCUGCUCGCAAGGUGGCGUCGCGCGACGACUUCAGCUGGCUCAGCGUUCUGCGCCUGUACGUGGUCCCCACACACCACCAGCAGCAGCACAGCGGCAAGAGCAUGAGUAACCUGAGCAACACCGGCCUCGCCCGCAGCACGAACGUGAGUGGAUUCGUGCUCAGUGAGUACCGGUCAGCCGAGACGCUGGAGUGCCGCAUGGCGGAUGCGUCCGUGCUUCACGGCUUCGAGUACAUCGGCGCGUAUGAGCGCCUGGUGCAGACCCCGCUCACAGACAAGUGCUAUCUGACCCUCAUGCAAGCGCUGCACACCCGCCUCGGCGGCUCGCCGGUCGGCCCGGCCGGCACAGGCAAGACGGAGACGGUGAAAGCGCUCGGCAUGCAGCUCGGCCGCCACGUCCUCGUUUUCAACUGUGAUGACACCUUCGACUACCAAGCCGUUAGCCGAAUCUUCCUCGGCUUGUGCCAGGUCGGUGCGUGGGGCUGCUUCGACGAGUUCAAUCGCCUCGAGGAACGCAUCCUCUCCGCGCUGUCGCUGCAGAUCCAAGUCAUUCAGCAGUCUCUGCGUGCGCAGCAGCGGGAGGUGCAGCUGAACCACCGUGUCAUCCCGCUGCACUCGAACGUGGCCAUCUUCAUCACCAUGAAUCCCGGCUACGCCGGUCGCUCGAAGCUGCCAGGCAACCUGAAGCAGCUCUUCCGCACCGUAACAAUGACCAUCCCUGACCGCGAGACCAUUGCAGAGGUGUUGUUGUUCGCACAGGGCUUCACCACGGCCGAGGCGCUCUCACAAAAGGUUGUCCCGCUCUUCCGGCUGUGCGAGGACCAGUUCACACGGCAGGCGCACUACGACUUCGGCCUGCGUGCUUUAAAGUCCGUCCUUGUUGCCGCAGGUGACCGCAAGCGGCAGGUGGCGGUGGCGUCGCGCGGAAACCGCAGCUGUCACAACGCUGCUGGCGGCGCGGGUGCGGACGCGGUGCAGGAAACGGAGCGAACACUACUGCUGGAGAGCAUCAUCGCGACCGUUGCCCCCAAGCUGGUCGCGCAGGACGCGGCGUUGUUCUACCCACUGCUGCACGACUUCUUCCCUGACUGCUCCCUGCCGGCGCUGCCGAUGGACGAGCUGCGCGAGGCUGUGGAGUGCGUGUGCGCGGAAAGCGGCCUCUCCCCUGCUGCAGGGUGGAUGGAGAAGGUGCUGCAGCUUUACCACACAAAGAUGGCGCGACACGGUGUCAUGAUUGUGGGCCCCAGCGGCACAGGUAAGACGACGGCGUGGAAGGUGCUGAUGGCGGCCAUGGUGCGCCUCGAGCGGGCGCUGCAGAUGCACGCAUACGUCAUCUCCCCGAAAGUCCUUAGCAAGGGCGAACUCUUCGGCACCCUCGACGUGACGACGCGCGAGUGGCGCGAUGGCGUCUUUACAAGUAUCCUGCGCAAGAUCAUCGACGCAGAGGAACAGCAGCAGAUUCCAGAUGACUUGGCGCUGGCGGGGAACGACGACACUGACCACCAAGUCGUGGCAGCGCCGUCGGUGGCCGUCGACAACAAAACGCGCGCUUCGCAGAAGCGGAACGCCACUCGUGACGGCGACGCCAGUGCACUGGGGGCCCAAGACUCGGAGGCGCGGAAGGAGCACUGGAUCAUCUUCGAUGGCGACGUGGACCCAGAGUGGGUGGAAAACCUCAACUCUGUGCUGGAUGACAACCGGCUGCUUACGCUGCCCAACGGUGAGCGGCUUCCGCUGCCGCGCUCUGUGCACAUCAUCUUCGAAGUGCAAGACCUGCUGUACGCGACGCCAGCCACCGUGUCGCGCUGCGGCAUGCUGUGGUUCAGCGAGGGCGUGGUGCCGCUCUCAGGGGUGCUGGCGCACGCGUAUCACCAGCUGCAGGAACACCCGAUCGUCGACGCGCGUGGUCGCCACCUACACUGGGGCACCGACCACAUGAUCGGCGUCACCGGGGCGCAGAGCCCAUUCUACGCGGAAUGCCUUGUGACUGGUGAAUACGGCAAGGUGUACCACGAGUUCGUCCUGUCGAGCACCAGGGCCAGCGUGGAGGAAGGGAUGGCUGGCAGUCUGCCGCGGCAUCAUGGCCGCACCAGCUCCGGCGACGAGGGCAUCACCGCCUUUGCGACGCCGAGGCGCAGCAGUCACCCGUGCAAAGACGCGACCCCGCAGAAAGACAACUCCGCCGACCUCGACAUGGGCGACACCCUCUGCGGCACGGCGGGUUAUGGGAACCACACCAUGUUCAUGAGCACCAGCGGCGGUGGCGCCAGCACGCUCCGCCGCAGCCACCCUGAUGCGGAGCGCAUCCAGGAGCUCAUGGUCAACUCGUGGGCGGCGGCCUUCGAGAAGGACGGCGCCGUGGUGCGCGGGCUGCAGCUGAUGAAGUCGGCGGCGUUCCGCGACGUGUGCGUGAUGAUGCCAAGCGACCUACAGCGCAUCCAGAGCAUGGUCGCGUUUCUGGUCCAGGGCGUAUGGCGCACCUUCGAAACUGAACAGCAAAACAACGGUGGCGUCUUCAGCGACGCCGUCGUGAAGAAGAUCGCGAUGCAGAUGCUCUCCUACGCGAUCUUCUGGGGUUUGGCCUCCGCCAUGAGCCUGGAGAACCGCAUGAAGCUGGCGCAGCAGCUAGGGCUGCGGCCGACGGUCGACGGCGUUGCACAGUCGAUGGUGGAGGUAGAGGUGUGCUACCGCACGGGCGAGUGGCGGCUGAUCCGCAACCGUGUCAAGGAGAUUUCGCUCCUGGCGGAGCAGGUCGGUGCGAACGACACCGUCAUAACCACUGUGGACACGUGCCGGCACGAGGACGUGCUGAGCGCGUGGCUCGGCGCCGGUCGCUCCGCCAUUCUGUGCGGGCCGCCGGGCUCUGGCAAGACCAUGUCAAUCACUGCGGUGCUGAGCAGCCUGCCCGAGUACGAGGUGGUGUUCCUGAACUUCUCGAGCGGCACGACGGUGAAGACGAUUAUGAAGGCGCUGGAGCAGCACUGCCGUGUGCAGGAUACCGCGCGCGGCCUCGUGAUGGCGCCGACAUCCGGCAAGCAGCUCCUCCUCUUCUGCGAUGAGGUGAACCUGCCGGCGCUGGACCGCUACGGCACGCAGGUCGUCGUGCAGCUGCUGCGGCAGCUCAUCGAGCGCAAUGGCUUUUACCGCGCGCGUGACAACACCUGGAUCACUGUCGAGGGCGUGCAGGUCGUCGGUGCCUGCAACCCGCCAACCGACCCUGGCCGUGUGCCGCUCAGCGCACGCUUCCUGCGUUGGGCGCCGGUGCUCCUCGUCGACUUUCCAUCUCCAGAGUCGCUCAAGACGAUCUACGAAACCUACUGUCGCGCCAUUCUGGCGUGGAACGAACGCCUCAGCGGCCAAGUUGCCACCCGCUUGGCGCAGGCGAUGGUGAAGAUGUACCGCGUCUCGCAAGCCAAGUUCACGCCGAUACAGCAGCCUCACUAUCUCUAUUCGCCCCGCGAGCUGUCGCGCUGGUCGAGGGCGCUGUACGAGGGCAUCCUCACCUGGGACGACGCGGCGCGGCGCCGGCUCAGUGUCAGCCAGCUUGUGCGCCUCGCCGUGCAUGAAGGGCUGCGCGUGUUCGCCGACCGCCUCGUCACGGCCGAGGAGCGGGCAUGGACCGACACGGCCAUGGUGAAGGCGUUUCGCGAGUUUUUCACCGACGUCGACGAUCACGCGUUCCAUCAGCCGCUGCUCUACUCCACGCUGCUCUCGCGCAGCUACACGGACAGCCCACGCGAGGAGCUGCGGGCGUACGUGCAGAAGAAGCUCACAGCGUUCAACGAGGAGGAGUCGCUGGGUAACUUGGUCAUCUACGACGCGAUGAUCGACCACGUCGUGCGCAUCGACCGCGUCCUGCGCCAGCCCCUGGGCCACCUGCUCAUCGCCGGCUCCUCUGGUGUCGGGAAGACGGCCUUGACGAAGCUGGUGGCGUGGAUGCGCGGCUUCUCGAUCUUUGCGCUGAUGUUGCACCGCGGGUACGACUUGGACGACUUCGAACACGACCUCCGCGGGGUGCUGCGCCGCGCCGGGUGCAAGCGGGAGCGCAUCUGCUUCCUAUUCGAUGAAUCUGACAUCCUGCAGCCGAGCUUUCUCGAGUACAUGAACGCCCUGCUGGCCUCGGGUGAAGUGCCCGGCCUUUUCGAUGGCGACGAGUGGUCGAAACUCAUGCAGGACGUUCGCGAUGCAGUCCUGGCGAGCCAGAGCUACUAUGCCACAUCACGUGGUGCCGGUGCCGGCGCUGGUGCGGCAGGAAGGGCAGGCGGAAGCGCCGGUGAUGGUGGCGAGGCAGGCCGCGACAGGGACUCGCCAGCACUCCGAGGAGGCGGCUGCAAGGGUCUGGACAGCAACGACAACGGUGGCAGCGUCACCGGUAGCCGGCGCGCCUCUGUGGUGACUGGCGUCGGCGUCGCGGCGAGCGCGGCGGCGGACGACUUGGUCGACGUGCACAACGAAGCGGAGCUGUACCAUUGGUUCCUGACGAACGUGCGCGAGAACCUGCACGUUGUGCUCACAAUCAACCCCUCCUCAGGUGAGCUCACGUCGCGCACGGUGGCGAGUCCGGCGCUGGUGAACCGAUGCACCAUCGACUGGUUCGGCGACUGGGACACAACGACGCUGCACCAGGUGUGCCACGAGCGGAUUCGCCAUCUCGCGCUGCUGCCCGCCUGCCACGGCGUCUUCGCAACCGAGGUGGAGGUGAAGGAGGCGGUCGUGGAGAGCCUGUGCGCCAUUCACGUCGCCACACAGCACAUCAACCAAGCUCUGCGCGUGCGACACGCCAAUCAGGGCACCUUCGUCACGCCACGUCACUUUACGGACUGCGUUUCGCACUUUGCGACCAUCUUCCAGGAAAAGCAGAGGGUCUCCAGUGAUGCACUGGUGCACCUGCGCAGCGGCCUGAAGAAGCUCGAGUUGACGGCGCAGGAGGUGGCGGCGCAGCGGGCAACGCUGCAGGACAACGAGGCUGAGAUCGAGGCGAGCAGCCGACGAGCGCAGGCGAUGCUAGAACGCAUCGUCAGCGAGACCGACGUCGCGAAGCGUGAGAAGGCAGCAGCGCAAGACUUAGAGCGUCAGCUACAAGAUGAACAUGCGCAGAUCUCUGAGGACGCGCUGCGCCUGUCCAUCGAACUCGCGGAGGCGGAGCCGGCGCUGCGGGAGGCUGAUGCGGCGCUCAGCAGGGUAAAGCCGGAGUACCUGCGCGAGAUCCGCGCAUACGCGACGCCGCCGCCGAUGGUGAAGCGCACGCUCGAGGCUGUUGGAGCGCUGAUGGGUGAGAGGAACUGUGAGGACUGGGAUUCGCUGAAGAACUGCAUCCGCCGCGACGACUUUUUGGCCAGCGUGCGCAACUUCCGCCCUGACGACAUCACCGAGCCGGCCCGCGAGCGCGUGCGGGGUAUGAUGCGGGACAGCAAGUUCACCGUCGAGGCGGCGUACCGUGCCUCGAAGGCGGCCGGGCCGCUCAUGCAGUGGGUGUUCUUUCAGGUGAAGUACUCCGCCAUUUACCAGCGUGUGGCGCCGGUGCGGUCGAAGAUCGAGAAGCUGAUCAAAGCACGUGACGUGAAACUGAAAGGUUUGGAGGUGGCGCAGGAGGAGGUGCGUCAGAAGGAGAACUCCUUGCAACAGCUCAUGGGCGAGUACCAGAACGCCACUGCCCAAAUAGCAGAGCUGAAGCAGCGCAUUACCGCCGUCUCAGCCAAGUGCAACCGUGCGCAGACGAUCCUGCGGCAGCUGCUGGACGAGCGCGACCGGUGGGAGGAAGAGGUGCACAGCUUUGACUCGGAGGCACGCACAACGCUGGGCGACUGUGUCGUGUCCGCUGUCUUCCUCGCAUACACCGGCUUCUACGACGAGCACACGCGCGAGCGUGUCUUGAUGCCACGCUGGAUGGCGUGUCUGCAACGCGCCACCAUCCCCGUCCGCAAGGACCUAAGCGUGACGGAGUACCUCUCUCCCGCCACGCAGCAGUUGGCAUGGGAGGAGGCUGGGCUGCCCAAGGACCGCCUGAACAUCGACAACGCCGUCAUCAUGCACCGCUCCCAGCGGUACGUAUUGCUCAUCGACCCGACCGACCUGGCUGCGCACUUUGUACUCCGCUACUAUGGAGCCCAGAAGAUCACGAAGACCUCGUUCAGCCGGCCGGGCUAUGUGAAGCAGCUCGAGAUGGCGGUGCGGUUCGGCUACCCGAUCCUUAUGGAGGACGCCGAGCACCUCGACCCCGCCGUGGCGCCGCUGUUGAAUGGCGAGGUACGCUGCCACGGCACACGUCACAUCACCCGCAUCGGCCCGCACGAGGUGGACCUGGCGCCGUCGUUCCAUCUCUUCCUGCACACACGUAACCCGAACUUCCAGCCGCCACCAGACCUGGCUGGGCAGGUGUGCAUGGUGAACUUCACCGUCACACUAUCCUCACUGCAGUCGCAGUGCUUGCAUUACACCCUUCUCCACGAGCGCCCCGAUGUGGAUGCGAAGCGCUCGAAGCUCCUCAAGGCCCAGGGCGAAUAUCAGCUUCGGCUACGCGUGUUGGAGGAGAAGCUGCUCACCCGCAUCGCCGAAGCGGAGGGCAGCCUGCUGGACAACAACGCCCUCAUCGAGAGCCUGACGGAGUUGAAGGAGGAGGCCACCUGCAUCGCAGGCGACAUCGCCGACAGCGAGAACUCGAUGCGUGAGAUUCGGGGCGUGGAGGACAUGUACCGCCCCAUCGCAACGGUGGUCGCACAGGCGCACUUUGCGCUGCAGCGCUUCGAGGCGCUCAGCCCGUAUUACUGCUACGACGUUCGCUUCGUUCUGCGCGUUUUGGACGACGCGCUGCAGGCGCUGCCGGCGACAAGCACGCCAGCAGCGGAUGGAGGGCUUCGUCUGCAGCAGCUCACCUACGGGGUCUUUGUUCUGCUGCACCGACGCGUGGUACGGGGCAUGUUUCACGAGGACCAUCUCGUGUGGGCGUUGCGUCUGGCGCAGCUAAGGAGUGCGAUGAGCGCGACGGGCGCCAAGUCGGCGUCUGCCGCGCCAGCGGCGGCGUCCGUGAUGGCGCUCCCCACCAGCAGCAUCGGCGGCUCCGCUGUGAUGCCGGAGGAGUGGGAGUGGGUCCUGUCGUGCCUGCGUGCCGCGGGUAGCGGUGCUGGGGCUGCAGGCGCCGGCGCCGGCCUCCCAUCGGCAGCGGUAUCCCGCACGGUGACGACCGACUCCUUCGAAGGUGGUGGUGCCAGCAGCCCCAUAACAGCAGCGACGACGGCGACGAGUCUUCCCCCGGUGGUGCGGCAGGCCUGCCCAGCCUUGGGGCUGCAAAGCUGCCAAGCUCUCGCCUUCCUGCUCGCGAAGCCCGCCUUCAACGAGGUUCGCGAGACGCUGACGACGCGGGCGCCGGCGUGGGAAGCGGUGCUCACGUCUGCCACGCCAGUAGCCACCAGCGAGUCCGCCCUGCCAUCGGAGUGCUUUCCUCCCGGCGCCAGUCGCGUGCGCCGGCUUUUAUUGCUGGCUCUCGUACUGCUCAACACGCGCCGUGACGCCUUCAUCGAGGCGGUGCGCCAGCUCUUGGCGUCGUACUUCUCACCAAAGGAAAUGGGCACAGCCGCCGCGGCUGGCGCUGACAGUGCUGCCGCCCUCUUCACGGACGAUUUCUUCGCGCCACAGACGAACGAUCUCGCCGACGGCAUCAUGGCUGAGCUCUCCGCCGCGACGCCGCUGCUGAUGGUGACCGACACCAUGUUCGAUCCCGCCCUGCGCGUGGAGGAGCUGGCUCAGCGCACGGACACGACUCUCAACAUCGUGGCGAUGGGCAGCAUGGAGAGCAUUGUGAACGCGGACGCCUACCUGGCGGAGGCGACGAAGUUGGGGGGCUGGGUGUUGCUGAAGAACGUUCACUUGGCGCGCGGCUACAUGGACAAGCUCGAGAAGCAGCUGCACUUCCAGCGGAGCGAGGGUCAGCUGCACAAGGAGUUCCGUCUGUUUCUCACGGCUGAGCUGGACAGAAGCGCGGCAAAGUCCUCCACGACAGCCACAGCGGCAGAGGCCUCAUCUAAGGUGCUCCCCAUCAAUCUCAUAGAGGCCUCCGUGGUCGUGGUCUACGAGGCUCCGCCAGGCAUGCAGUCAUCUCUCCUGCAAACCUACGGUGAGUAUCCCGCGGUCGGGGCGGCAGCCCUCGACGGCACCGGGGCAUCCUCGGUCGUUCCAAGCGCUGGGGCCGCCGCCGCGAGCAGCAACACCUCCCUUCAGCGCCUCUACCUGGCCGCAGCAUGGCUGCACUCCGUCAUCGCCGAACGCAUCCUCUACAAGCCCCUCGGCUGGAGCGAGGCGUACGAGUACACGGAGGUGGAGUAUCAGCGUGUCGUACAAGCGGUGCAGGCAUGGAGCUCGGCCGCACCAGCAGCAGCAGCAGCAGCGACAGCGUCGAGCAGCAAUGCCGGCACACUAAAGGUCUCCUGGGACGCCCUGCACACCAUCGUCGCAACUACCGUCUACGGCGGCAAAGUGAGCAACAUCUUCGACCAGCACCUCCUCAACGUCUUCUGCCGCCGGGUGCUUCGUCCAGAGAUGCUGCAAGACGCCGCUCAGUUCGUCUCUGAGGCGGCGGCUGCCGGCGCGCCACCGCCACCCAUUCGCGGACGCUCGCGCGCGGAGCUGCUUCAGUGGAUUCACGCGCUUCCCGGCGGCAGCAGCCAUCCGGCAUGGUUGGCGCUGCCGAUCGGCGCGGACCGCAUGACGCGCGCGCGCAGCGCCAUCGAAGUGGUGGAACGCCUGUCCCUCGUGCAGAGUACCCUGGAUGACGAGCUCACAUUCACCGACAUCGACAGCGACGCACGGGCCGCGGCAGGCGGCACGGGUUCCACGUCGCUCAAGAGCGACGCGCUCCGGGCUACACGGUGGGCAGCCAAGGUGCAGUCCUACUGCGCUGCCUGGUACCCCAUCCUGCGCGAUGCGCUGAGAAAACUGGAGAAGCACCCCUUUGUCCUACAAGCCGUCGCGCUGCAUGAGCAGGAGACUGUUGAGCGUGCCAGCGCCGCCGACGUCAGUGCAGCUAAUGAAGGGAGAGUGAACCUCAGCGGGGCCAGUCAUCCCGGUGGUGUGGCGGCGCCGCUUGUGCUUGCGAUGCAGCGAGAGGUGGUGGCUGCGGUGGAGCUCGUGCGGCACCUUCUCACGUGCGUGCGCGAGCUACGCGAGGUGGUGAUGGAGGAGCGGACGCCAAGCUCCGUGCACCGCAGCCUCGUGGAGGAGCUUAUGAAAGACCAUGUCCCAGACGUGUGGGCCGCGCACCUACGUGGAGUUCAUGGCUCGGCUGCCCAUUCCCUGUUCGUCGGUCUCUGGAUCGCCGACGUGCAACAGCGUGUCGAACAUCUUCUUGAGCUGGCAACGGCCGCGCACGGCGGGCAGCUGGCGAAGACGCCGGUGCGUCUCGGCGCACUCUUCUCUCCUGGCGCGUUCUUGACCGCCUUCAAGCAGCACUGUGCGCGGGCGGAGCAGGUGCCUCUAGAGCAGCUGGUGCCGCAGGUUGAGGUGGCCGCAGCCACCGCUGUCAGCGCAGGAGGGGCGCUCCGCACGGCAUCCUCCGCCUUGUCGACCACGGGUAUCCCUGCUGCGCCCGCAACCGCGGCAGCCAGCCUUGCGCCGCGGCGGGAGAAUGAGAUGGUCUUCACCGGGCUUACACUGCACUCGGCACAGGUAGGUGUUGCUGGCAAGUGCACGCUGAGCAGCGCCACGGUCAGCGGUGGUGCUGCUCCCGCGCUCUCUUCCGCCGUCGUGCUGCGCUGGAGGUGGGUAAGGAGCACCGACAGCAUCGCCACGACAACGGCAUUGACAGCGCGCCUCGAACGGCAGACGGAGCAGCAGCAGAGCAUCCUCCUUCCCUUCUACACAACGGAGAACCGUGAGGCACUGUUGGAGGUGCUGGAGCUGCCCAAGGCCCCGAAUAGUGGCAUCGCCAGCGGUGACAGCGAUGCCGGCGUCCAUGCGUGGUACGAGCGGGGUGUGUGUGUAGCCGCGUGGUCGGCAUCUGAGUAG